UUCCCUUUUCCUGUGAUUCCGCCCUUGGCUGGGCUCAGUGAGAAGCCGAACCACUGUCUCAGCUCUCACUAGCAGGAACAGUGUACCGGGAUAAUCUAAGAAAAACACUGUUUCAUUAGCGUCGGGUUUGGACGUCUAAACUACGGCACCGUCUUAAGUUGCUCAGUCGCUCAGUGGCCUGGAUCAAGAACAGCGUGGAUCCGGUUUAGUGUUUCUUGACAAUUUAUAGCCAUCAUGGCGUUGUCUUAUAAGAAGGAUCUCGGGAAGUACAAGGAUCUAGAUGAAGAUGAAAUCCUCAACAACUUAUCGGCGGAGGAGCUCAAGCAGCUGGAAAGCGCACUCGAGGAGAUGGAUCCCGAGAAUGCUUUGUUACCGGCCGGUUUACGGCAAAAAGACCAGACAGCUAAAGGUGCUACGGGGCCGUUUGAUCGGGACCGCCUCCUCAAAUACCUGGAGAAAGAAGCCAUGGAGUACAAAGACAGAGAUGACAUAGUGCCCUUCACAGGAGAGAAAAAAGGCAAAGUUUUUAUUCCCAAGGAGAAGCCGAUGGAAAGCCGUCAGGAGGAGGUGACAAACCUGGAUCCAGAGUUGGAGGAGGCUCUGUCCAGUGCCACAGACACAGAACUGUGUGAUCUAGCAGCCAUCCUGGGUGUUCACACUCUGGUCACCAGUAAUCAGACGUAUGAUGGAACUGGAGCAAAAGAGGGCCACAACAAUGUGAUCAAAGGGGAGAAGAUGAACCCCGUGUUUGACGAGCCUCCUAAUCCCACUAAUGUGGAAGAAACUCUCCAGAGGAUAAAAAGCAACGACAGCUCCUUAAAAGAAGUCAACCUCAACAACAUCAAGAACAUUCCUAUUCCUACAUUAAAAGACUUUGCCAAAGCAAUGGAGAAGAACACACAUGUCACGAAGUUUAGUCUGGCGGCGACGCGCAGUAACGACCCGGUUGCUGUGGCUUUUAGCGACAUGCUCCGAGAGAACAAGACGUUGAAAAGUUUGAACUUGGAGUCGAACUUCAUCACCGGCGUCGGAGUGCAGGCUUUGGUCGAUGCAUUGCGAGACAACGACACUCUCACAGAAAUCAAGAUUGACAACCAGAGGCAGCAGCUGGGCACCACUGCAGAGAUGGAGAUCGCUAAGAUGUUGGAAGAUAACAACACCAUAGUGAAGUUCGGUUACCAUUUCACUCAACAAGGACCUCGGUCCAGGGCGGCUGCAGCUAUCACCAAGAACAACGACUUGGUGCGCAGGAGGCGGCUGGAAAAGGACCUGUAGAGGUGUGGAGCCUUUCUUCCAGCCAAUUCAGUUUUUCAUCUCAUCGCGUGGAACACUUCCAGGCGGCGUCCUCGUCUCGUCUUACUGUGCGGAAACUUGUGCCAAACUUGCGGGGCAAGGCGCGCUGGUCAAGAACAUGCAUCUGAGAAGAAGGGGAACAAACUGGAACAAAAUGCCCUCUCCUAUUCACAUGUUCACACCUUCUUUUGUUUGUUUUUUAUGUUUUUGAAGAUGUAAAUCUUUAUUAGGAUUUUUUUUUUUUUAGUACUUCCCAUUGCAGCAGCUUCUUUUUUGAGCCUUCACUUGCUUUUUCCUUCUUUUAUACAAAGCUAUUAUCUAAUGAACUAAUCAUAGCCAAGUAACAUAAAUCAACUAAAGCGCCCCCUAUAUAUUUUCUUAUACAGAUUCUAGUCAAAUUCUUGCAGCAAAACCUGCUGAGUCUAAACCGUCAGAAAGUGAAAGGCAGGAGAAGAAUGCUAAUAGUGGAGAUCGUCACUGUUGAUGUGAUAACCACUCUCUUAAACAAUUUAUGACAAAACUUUAAGUUGGUUCAAAGCCUUCUCCUGGCUUUGUGUAAAAUAAAUACUGUAAUUAUUAAUGUUUUAAUGCUCUAAAUAUCUCGUUUGAGACGGUUCCAGACUUGUUAGUGGUUUUUAAUCAAGCAAAAGUGGAAAAGGUGAUGUUAAUUCCAGUCAAAGCAUUGAUUGCUCUAUUAUGCCAAAGACUAAUGCAUUCAAUGUUUCUAUCACUCAAAGCUUUCUUUGCUUUGUCCCCCCAUUUCUGUGGAACUCAUUUCUGCUAGGCUUAAGGAGAAUGCAGAAGUUUGGAAUCAUAUCCAGCAAUUCUUAGAUAUAUCCUCAAACAGAAUUUAGUAAUAGUGAGACAUCACGGUGAUUUUGUCUGCAUCAAAUUACAGGUUCUCGCUCACACAAACGUGCUUCAUUCAGGCCAUACUUGAACUUGUAUAUAUUGUUUAUCGGCGCAGUGUGUUGGCAUGACUUUUCCACCAUGUUUCUUUGACCAAAACAUUUCUUUAUUGUUUCAUUUUUUCGAUCUUUGGAAGUUUUAUAACAAUGCACUUUUCCGUGUUUGUGUCUGCCGUGUUUCCUCGAGAAACUUUUUAUUUUUUUUCCCACAUUCCUUUUUUUUUUUUCUUGUCUGUUCAAAUGGAAAACUGCUUCUUUGUGGGGCUUGUUGGUGUUCUGCAAUUCAUAUGUUGUAUUUUUAACUGCACAGUACCAUCUCAAGUUUCAAACUGUACAUGUACAGAUGGAUAAUACGGUCUGUAUUGCAUAACCUCAUAAGUCACUGCUGAGAUUCUGUUUUUUGUUCUAAAAUCCAGGUGUUCACACAGAAAUUGUAUUAUAGAGACACACAACUGGUUCAAAGCACUGCUGAAUAUAAGACAUUCUCUACAAUAAAUGUUUUUACGUAAUAA